AUGACAAGUGACACUGGAGUGUUUGGUCGCGCAGUGGACACGCUGGGAUUCGUGUCACAGUCGCCCCGAACCCCCGAUGGAUCCUCCGGGGCGACCUUACGCACGGGCGGGUCGAGGCGGUUGAGGCGCGGGACCGAAGAGACGCACCGGGAGCGGUGUGCAGAGCUGGCUGCGCCUUGGCUCGAAAACACUCGGCAAGCUCCCGAGGAUAAUGCAACAGUGUUGCAACUCCGCGUUCGGCCUUUUUCCCCCGGAGCCUCCCCGGGCCUGGUCUUCCCAGGAAAGUCCCUUUUCAGCUUUGUCCGACGGGUUUACCACUGCUGCCAGGAAGGACUAAACUGCAGAAGCGUCAAAGGGAUUCAAGGUCGCCUGAGAGGAGAUACAGAUGUGGAGUUUCUGCUCACCAGGGAGAUUUUAUCACUGACAGUUACAAGAGCCGAGCUUCACCUUCAGCUCUCCAACGCACAUCACCUGGAUAUCCAUCCUGUGCUUCCAUCCAUGGCAAAACGCAGCCUUCCCACAAGGUACAGUUUUUGGUCAAGGGGCAACACGGUGGAGCUGAGGGUGGACCUGCUGUUCCUUUUCCAGAGUCUGCUAGAGGCAGCGGGUGGUGCCGGAGGGGGUCCCAGCUUGGUGAACAUGCGGCGGAUGGUGUUUUCUUCCAGGGGGGAUCCACCGGGAGAAAAGCCAGCUCCUCACGCUCUGCAGGACACUGAUGGUGAUGUGUGGGGGGAUGGGGUUGCCAGCGCGCUGCCUGCUCUGGAGCUGGGCUUGAUCCUGGGCUGCAGUCAGGCUGGAGUUGGGGUUUCCUGUGGUAUUGGCGGUGUUCACCUCUCACACACACCUUUCAUGGCUCUGUACUACAGAUGAAGUCAAACUGAGACUGGACUGUGUUCUGCAUGGAAACAUUUUAUCUGCUGAAUUACUCUCUUUUAAUUGAAAAGACAUACAAGGAAAUGAUGCACUUCAUUAUCAAAUCUAUUAAUUUAUAAAUGUUAUGUUUUGAAAAAAAAUAUAUAUAUACACAAUUGUAAAUAAUGAAUGAUAUACUCUAAGUUUAUGGAGUCAUUCUUUGGUUAUUAUUAAAACUUAAUCUAACAAUGCCUCUGGACUAUAGCGUGUGGUCACCUCAGUUAGUGGAUGUGGUUCUUUGACUUUGUUCAGCUGUGUUUGUCUUUUAAAUAUUCUGUUCCCAACAAC